CCGAGUCACUGGCAGUCCCCUUUAUCUCCCGCAGAGGCAUCGUUUCGAAAGGCGAAGGAGCAUUGAUCACACUCCCCUUCAUUCAUCGGCCAUGGCCCGCAUCCAUCCACACGCCCUCCUCCUCUCAACGCUGGCGCUCUUGCCGAUAUGGGCCGGCGGCGAGGGGGGUUUCAUGGCUCAGGAGGACAAGAAGUCCCGGAAGCUGGUCGGCAAGUGGGGUGAUUUCGAAGAGGGUGACCUGACGGGCGACGACAUCCCCCGCUUCAACCCCGACGUGUUCCCCUUCCCCACCAAGGCCCCGCUGCCUGACAAGCUGACCAAGGAUGAUAUCGAGAAGAGCAUCGACAUGAAGAUCCCCGACUCAUGGAAGAAAGACGAGGACGGCUACGUCGCGAUCAAGGACCCCGAGUACUGGGAGCAGUACAAGGUCACCAAGCCGCCCAUCCCAACCAUACCUGAGGACAAGCCCGAGCCGCCCGACCUCAGCAAGCCGACCCAGGGGCCCAAGAAGGAGAAGACAGUCAAGGUGCCCCAGUUCUUGUACGAGAUGGGGCUCUUCACCCCCUAUGAGGAAUUGGGACCAGAGGACAAGGAUAAGAUUGAGGUCGUCCCGGAUCCUGAGAUCGACAAAGAAGAACUCCAAGAAAAGUUCGACCUCGCUAAGGAAAUUGCCAGGGCCGUCGCCGCAAAUGCACGUACGACCAGAUGCACGCAGGCACAGCAAGAGAGACACACCAAGAGACGAGAAGAAUCUCGGAAUCGUGAUUUCUUUCGCAUGCAGGGGGUGAAGAUGCUGAGGUGCCAGAGUUCGUUGAGGACCAGGAGGGGCCGCUGCCCAACACGGAUGAACUCUUGGACUCAAUCCCGACCAAAAGCCUCACCGAAUUAGGGCAAGAAAUUGGCCUUCCCCUUCGGGAAAAGUACAAGUCGUCCAAAAUUGGGCAAACCCAAAGGAAAAUCGGCGACAUUGUCAACUACGCUGAGGUAUGAUUUGUCAGAGAGACAUGACAACAGUUAUGGCUCCACUGGUCCUGUGCGCCCACCCCACCCCACGCACAGGAGCUGCUGACCUAUUGGCUAACUCCCGAGAUGAUUGAUUUCCUGGAGUGUGACGCGCUGGUGAGCAGCGUGGAGAACUUCCUCCUGGACAACAUUUCGCCCUUCAUCUCCAUCGAAGAGGACGACCCCGUAUGGCAGUAUGUGCGGGGCCUGACGGAGGCGAUUCUGUGGUCCAAGCUGGACAUCAUCGAUCCACCCGAGAGCGAGCAGGAGAAGUACCAGGAGUAUCGAGACGCAUACUCCGACGCAAUCGUCUGCGAAUUGAUCAACAACAACUCGCCCAACUGCCCUGUGGAGUUCCCACCUAAAGACGAGGAUGAUGAUGACGACGAUGAUGACGAGGACCGGCGUAGGCUCACAGCUCGGGCAGCUCAUUCCUGUCAGCCGCCAGGGGUCACCCCGAAGGGCUUUCCAGGUCUUGCAGGCGGACACACGUACAUGGCCGCGUGUCUCACCGGCUCUUCUUUUUUGCAGAGUGUGUGUACGUGAGCGGCUUUGCGGCUUCCUGCAGCCCCCACAACCUCCUGGGGGGGCGUGGCUGUGCUGCGGGCAGGAACAUUAUGGCGCAGGAGCUUGACGGCCUGUAUCGAUAUGACACGACGGACGUCUCCGGCUGGCCCGUCUAUUCAAAGACUGUCCACAACAUCCCAGGGGCCGACAAGGUGUUCCUCAACAAGCCCCACGGCACGAGCGGCGCCUACGCAGCUUUUGCCUGCCUCCAAGCGGAUUCAGAGGUGAGCGAGACACGACAAGAGACGCAUUGCACCAGCUGGUCUGUCUCAUUUCCAUGCACUCACUUGUGUCAUGUCUUGCCUGCAGGCGCCGCGGCGCAAGUUGGAAAAGAGCCCCUUUGCCUUUACCUAUCAGUCUGGGGCAUGCAGCAGCCUGGACCCGAGGACCUUCCCUGCAUGCCUCUCAUCGGCAGGGCCAUGGGCGCUGGCCAGGCUGGGGACCAAGGGGUGCAAUGGAGCCGUAUCUGAACGGUCGUCUGUCUGCUGGUUCCCCGCCAGAGUCAAGAUAUUUCCUUGCGCAUGUGGCUCAUUCGCUUAGAGAGACAGACUGUGGGCAAUGCGUCUGUUGGCGUUGGGUGUUUGGCACCGUCCUGGGUUUGGUCAGUUGGUCGGUCGGUCGGUCGGUCGCUGCAUGUCGUGUUUACGUCUGCUUAUGGAUUUAUUUCGGCGUGCGUGUGGAUGGUGUGAUGUGGUCGG